UUUUUUUUUCAAAAUGGAUGUUUUCCAUUUCCGCUCCUGACCGGGUCUUGAUAGAAAUAAAGAAAUGAGUUCAAAUUCUCUGUGAAUCUGCUUUGUAGUGAGGAGAUGCUGAUUCUAACAGCAGAACUUUAUAAACAUCUAAAGAUUGUUUUCAUCAUAGAUAUGUAAUCCAUCAACAAGCAUGCUAAACUUCUCUGUGAACUCUUCACCCAUAUCACUGACCAAAGCUCAUAUUGAGUGUUGACCAAUCAAACACAUACUGUUUGUCAUGGGGAACAAAAAUUCGUGCUGUGUGUAUCACAGUCCCAAAAAUCGCGGCAAAAAAAGUGAAAAUGUGUACGUAUAUCAGCAGCCAGGUUCAACGGUCGAAGAAGAGGGCGUCAACACUGUGCAGCCACCACCCACAGCAACCAUGUCUGGUGGUGUACCUCACAUUAGUGAACGAGAGCCAGAAGAAAGUGAUCAAGAUCCGUCCAGUCACCCAGGAGCUAAACCAAUAUUUUCUACAAAGUCUGAAUCUGAAAUACAAAGAAAUAACCGCUUGCGCAGGAGGAGUCAGAUGAUUCUCACACACUCAGGCCAUAAACAUCAUGUGGAUGAGUUUGGCCAACUGCGCAAGUUUAGUUCCUGCUCCACCAUUUACAUGGAUGACUCCACUGUCUCACAGCCCAACUUAAAGACGACCAUCAAAUCUGUUGCCCUGGCUAUUUUCUUUCACAUCCGUAACCGUGCACCUUUAGACGAGGAGAAAGAGCAAAGUCUGGCCGCACUUGAGCCAAAUAUUCUACAGAUCUUUGAUGAGAAAGCUCACCCACUUUCUAAGGAUCCUGUACCCGAUGACUAUCAAAAGCGUGACCCGGAACACAAAAUAAUUUAUCGCUUUGUUCGUAAUCUCUUCAAUGCUGCCCAGCUGACAGCAGAGUGUGCAAUUGUGACAUUGGUUUAUCUGGAACGUCUCUUAACUUAUUCUGAAAUCGAUAUCAAUCCUGGUAAUUGGAAGAGGAUGGUCCUGGGUGCCAUUAUUCUAGCAUCAAAGGUCUGGGACGAUCAGGCUGUGUGGAAUGUGGAUUUCUGCCAGAUUCUUAAAGAUAUUCAAGUAGAUGAUAUGAAUGAAUUAGAGAGACAAGUGCUGGAACUUCUACAGUUUAACAUCAAUGUACCUUCUAGUGUCUAUGCUAAAUAUUACUUUGAUCUGAGAGCACUGGCUGACGCUCAUGAAAUAGUCUACCCACCGGAACCACUGGAUAAGGAAAGGGCGCUGAAAUUAGAGGCAUUGUCAAGUGUAUGUGAAGACAAGCUGAGGCUAUGGCACCGGAAGAACCGCAGACGUAUAGCCUCACUCGAUGGUCAUAUGUGGGCACGGCAUCGAGCAAAAGCUAUUUUAUCAUGACCUCUGGCCCCUGUGGUAGACAUCUGUGACAUCGGACAGUUACUUCCCUGUACAUACAUAAUGAUGCUGUUAAAACACAUCAAUGGACAAAGUUGUACGUGGCACUUGAUACGGCUAAAGAUAUGUCAAUGUCUUGGCCUUUAACAUGGACUAUAACAGUUGUGACGGGUGACAUUUUAUUGUACAUUAGUUCUUCUACUGCUAAGUCAUGGUUGUAUUUAUUUUAUGUUGUUUUACGUUUGUACGAGGCAGGAAGACCCUGCUGGAUUUUAUGCAUACGUGAAGUUAUGCUCCUGUCUUUCUGUGCGAUACUUUGUACAUAUGUGAAUAUUUUACAUUGGUAGUAUAGCAACCAUUUUGUUGUCUCAAGGUUAUGUUAGUUUUUAGAUUUUAGGUACUCAAUGAGCUCAAUAUUAUCAGAUUUUUUCCCCCUUCUAUACAUAAUGUUCUAUAACAUUUUUGUUUUGCGCCAGUUUCCAUUACCAGUAGACAUGUACAGAAUCAUUCAUUUGUUAUAUUUGUCAUUUAUACUUCUUUUGCUGAACAGGAUGAGUGUUAAUACAGUCAGAAUGUCAAUAGUCUCUCUUGCCAAAUUUUAAAUUAUUUGUAAACAAAUAUCUUUGUCUAGUGAAAUUAGAAUGUGUGAUUGUUGUUAUUACUGUAACGGGUGUGCACUAUUUGGUUGGGGGGCAUCUUUAGAACAAGUUGUAGUUUAAGUAGUAUUUUUAGUUAUGUGAUGGGUAAUAAUUUUUGUUAAUAUUUUUCAUGUUUAGCUUUGUUUUACAAAGCUUCUAUUUUUAAUUUACUUGUCUGCAGGUCCAGAGUUUUGUUUUGUUUUGUGUCUGUGAUUAUCUUUCUUUGCUUCAUUAUCCACCAUAGCAUGAGAAUUACCUCCCUUAUAUGUAUGAGGAGAUGACACAAAUCUAUCCAAAUUUCAGCAGAAUGAGGAACAAGUUUAAGCUUAAUUUGAAGUAUAAAAUAUUUUAUUCUGAGCUCUUGUGGCACAUUAUCUUUGUGAUGUUAUAUCAGUGUUAUAUCACCUAUAUUUCCUAACUUGCUUAUUUAUUGUUUUUUUUUUUUUUAAAACUAGUCUACAUAAUAAAUCUGUUACAUGGAGAGAACUACCAAAAUUUUGAAACUGCUGUGGGUAAAAUUAGACAUCAUCUAUUGGGUGUAGACUUCUAUCCUGUUAUCUUUUUAUAGCUAGAUGUGAACCAUCUGAUUUAUCACCCGUUUACUGUAUAUUAUUAAAUCCACUUGUGUUUAAUAUUCACCGUUUUUUCCCUCACAAAAAAAAUGAAGGCACGCUUUAACCUGAUCAUAGCAUUGAUGUGUUCCUAUUAACCCACUAAAACAACCUUGUGAAUCUUCCGAGGCAUUUGGUGUGUUUAAUGCUAAGCUUAUUAUCAUUUAGAUCAUUGUUUGAAUGGUUAUACACUAUUAUAUAAAAAUUGAACAUUAUUAAUGAUGGAAAACUGCAUUUCUCAGUAGUAGUUUGCUAUGCUUGUGAUACUUCUAAGCAUUUGAUUAAUAAACAAUUAGCUGUUGAGCCAUGGGGUAUCUGUUUCAUGCCGCGAUAUUUUUAAACAACAGCUGCACAUUGUUAGGUGCUGUGUGACAAUUUUUAGCAAUUUGUGAUUUUAUUUUGUUUAAAAUAUGGAAAUGCUUUUUAAAAAACCAAUAUGGCUGUCAGCAUUUACUUAUUUUUCUACAACUGUUUCAAUGUGUAUUUCAUUGUAAAUAAAUGCUAUUGAAUAAACUCUAUAUUUGCCUGUUGUAUUUGAAAAUGAAAGCUAUGAAGGCACAUUUUUUGAUGCAACUAAAAGUUGAUUUUUAUGAAGCUAUUUUUAGUAAUUAGUGUUUCACAUUGUUUUAUUUUUCUUAUAGAUAAUCAAAAUGACAAAGUUCACUUAGUUUCUCCAGUUUCUUACAAAUUGAUGAUUAAUAUGAAAAUAAGAAUUUUCAGACUUUUGGAUAAUACAUCCUAUUAAAGGUUAUUAAAGAACGGCUACUUGGAAAAAAUAUAAAAAAAAUAAAAUUUACCCUAUAAAUUUUAAAGUGGUUAUUCCUUAGUUAAUAUCUUAAAAUGCUGUUACCUAAAACUUAAAUGAUUUUACAAGUCAGUCAAUGGCAUUAACUAACGAGGUGUUGUGUUCAAGCGACCACAAAGGUAUUCCAGCAUGCAAACACAAUUUUCAAAACAAGAAUUUUUUUCUGUAAGAUUUUUUUUGUCUGUAAAUUUUUUUAUCAAACUUAUUUAAAAUGCAUCCACCUUGAUCUAUAUGCCUACUGGCCAAAGAGUUCUGUCCCAUAUUGGGAACCAGUAUAUAAAAAUUGGCUGAUUAAAAGUGUGUGGAUAGAACAAAAAAUAAAAGCUCACAAUUAAUAAUUCCAAGACAAGAAAACAAUUCUUUCUUGUGUAUUUCUACAGUAUUUUAAAUCCUUUUAAGUUGAAAUCCUGAACAAAAUUUCCCUUUAAAGUUUGUAUAGUGAUGGGACAUGGGGUAGCCUACUGCGUGCUUAUUUAAAGGUUAUUGUUUUUGUAAUGAAAUUUAGUGUAGUUUGUGUGAGUCAGACAGGCAUUCAGUAUUUGUAUAAAUCUUUGUAAGCUUGGCUAGCUUUGUGUGAAUCUCAAUUUUUUUUUUCUUUACCAAGUGUGCUAUUCUUCAAACAUUUAGCAAAAAAAAAAGUUGUGGGGUUUAUGAACAUUAGUGUUUUGGGAUGUCAUGUGUCAUCUGGUUGCUGAUGUCAGUGGUCAGGGUAACUGUCAUUUGAGUGACAUGUCACUGGUUAGGGUGACAAUCCCAGCUGUCAAGUAUUGAUGCUGAAUGUAGAGGUGUCACUGAUGUUGUCUAGAGUACAUUAAACAAGUGUAUUGCUACUUGUGCUCAAAUCUUUGUUUACAUUUUAAACAAGCAAAACCCUACCCAUCCGAGGACUAUUUUGACAAUACCACUUGCGCUGUUCAUUAAAACUAGUUGCAUUUUUAAAAUUGGAUAUCAAAACGAAUUUAAUGCAUGCUUAAAUAAUUUAAUAUUUUAUUUUAAAUAUUCAUUUUUUAAGUCUGUUUCUGUUUAUCCUCCCUUCAAAAACCACAUGAUUUUUUACUUGGAUAUUUAUAUACACCCUUGAAUAACAUUAUUUGCACUCUCAUACAAAAUGGAAAACUUGUUGCUACCCUGAAAGCUUUACUCAUUGUGUCAGUUUCUGCUUAUCACAUCGUGACUUGGCUUAGUCGCAGAUUUAUUAUUAACACAACGUAGAUAGUAUUGUUUCACAAUACUCAGAGAAGUAUUAAUCUGGCCAACCUAUGCUUCCUUUUUUCGCAGUCUGUUUGUGGUAGUGGUGGUGGUAAUGCUAGUUGUUUACGUGGUGCCUGUAGUGGUUCCAGCUGGUUUAAGGUUCAUGGCAAAUAGAACUAAAUAUUGCAUUGAAAUAUACAAUGAUUAUUCUGUGUUGUGUUUUUAAAUUGUAUACGCUAUUAACAAUUUUAUUAAUUAACAUUGCAGGCAAUCGUGAAAAAAAAAUGAAAAUGUGAAAAAAUGGAAUAAAAUACUUUUAACAGAACUUGAUUUGAAUUAUAUUUUUUUAAGUAGCCAUGUUUUUAUUUAUUUAGUAAAAUUUGUAA